AUGGGCCUCAACAUCAUCGACCGCAUCCAAGCCAAGCUGGAACUCCUGCGCCUUGAGAAGCGCUACACCCGUAGCCGCCACCGCCGCUCGACUUUUGUCUCCAAUGCCAUUUAUGUUGACGGCGAAUACAUCUACCAGUCGCCCAAUACGACCGGCUCGUCCUUUAGCAGCUCCAAGACCUCGAGCACAGCGGCGUCAUCAUACGCAUCGAACAGCCUGCCCCAGAAGAAGCUGAACCGAUGGUCGAGCAUGCCCGGAUUCGGGUCAGCUGAUGUCAAGCCUGAGCCGAGGGUUGUUGGGCGGAUGCCAAGCAUUAAUGAGGAAGCAUGGAGGAAGAAGAGGGUGAGCUUUAAUGGUGACGGCAGAUGGUGA